CAAGCCGGCUCGGCGCCAAAAUCAGCUCGGCGGUCGCGCUUUCCGGUCGGUGUUUUAUAAAUACUGCAGACAGUGGAAAAGUGCAGCGUACACCGGAGUCGCUGUAAAAUCACGAAUCUCGGCGGACACGGUUACGGGCCAGCUGCACCAGCGUAUCGAACCCGACCCUCGUCUCGCAAGGGGAGAGGAAAUAAAAUUCGACCGGUGUUUCGUGGUGGUCCCAGGAUCGCGGAGGGUUAACUAGGUGGCCGAGGGAGCCGUGCCGCUGACAUUCUCGCGGAUUAAUCGCGGCCCCGGGUCGGAUUCUGGCCGAGCGGAUUCUCGGAACCGAGUGGCGGAGUGUGCGCGAGUGAGUGCAGGGAAGUUGCAGAAGAGGCGUUUGGUGAAGCUUUGUACUCGCUCAGAGAAAGUGAUAAGUAAGCCUGUGCUCUGGGAAAGUGCGAUAAAAGACUGCUUAGACACCGGCUGCGCUGGGCCAGAUCAUCGUUUCGACCAGUUCUUUCGCUCUGCUUUCUUUCUGCUACGACGAAGGAUCCAUCGAUCGAAGAAGGACAUCGAGGGUUGAUCGACGGAGGAGGAGCGUUCACCGCGAAAUGACAGCAUGUGGGGCUCGUGAUCUCCUGGUCGACCACAGCGGACAGUUAAACGCGACUUUUGGCUACAAUUCGGGCCCGUGGCGCAGGAUCGACGACCGUCCGUCAGAAUGAGCUUAAUGAAGAAGGCCAUCGGCGGCUCCAUUCACAGGAUACGAGAGUUCGAGCUCGAGAAGGUGAAUUUGAUCGACGAGUUCGAUAUCCUGCAGAUCGUCGGCGAGGGAUGGUUCGGGAAGAUCCUGCUGACCGAGCACCGGAGCACCCAGACCGAGAUGGUGCUGAAGGCUCUGCCAAAGGCGUACACCGGCAUCACGGACUUCUUCCGUGAGUUCCAUUACGGCCUGCACCUGGCUGCGCACAGGAACAUCAUCACCACCUACGACGUGGCCUUCGAGACAGCAGGGUUCUACGUCUUCAGCCAGGAGUACGCUCCCUUAGGAGACCUAACGUCGAACGUGACAGAGACUGGCUUAGGCGAGCUUCACUCGAAGAGGGUGGCCCGGCAACUGGCCGCAGCAGUGCACCAUAUCCACAGUCGCGAAUUGGUGCACCGUGACAUCAAGUUGGACAAUAUUCUCGUAUUCAGGAGCGACUUCUCGCGGAUCAAGCUGUGCGACUUCGGCGAGACCAGACGGAUAAACACCGUGGUGAGGCGACACAACGAGUGGCUGCCAUACUCGCCGCCCGAGGUACUGCAGAUCGACACUGACGAGACGUACAAAGCUCUCACGUCGCACGACGUCUGGCAAUUCGGCAUUGUCCUAUUUGUCUGUCUGACCGGAUGCUUGCCGUGGCAGAAGGCGGCGUUGGACGACCCGCGUUACACCAGAUAUCAAAACUGGCACAACGCGACGCUCAACAUAGCCAAGAAACCGAAAUUAUUUCAGCUGAUCAGCUCACGGGCGCAGAGAAUGUUCAAACGUCUGCUGGACCCAAAGGCUGAGAAGCGGCCAGCGAGCGUGUUGGAGGUAAACAAAUACCUGGAGGACAGGUGGCUGGCGAAACUCGGCGCGGAGAAGACCAUGAACGGUGGCGCGGACGAGCGGGACGAGCUGUGCCCCUCGAUGUACAGCUUCCACAGCUCUCUCGAGGAGAAGAAUCAACUGCUUCACACCCUGACCACGUACGGUAUCGAAACCACGGUAGACAGGACGAAGAAAAAGGAUCGUAUCAGGGAGUGGAUCCAAGCGAGCGCGAUAGUCGAGGAGUACGAGGAGGACGAGUCGGAUCUGAACGAGGACAUACGCAUCUACGACGACGAGGACGAGGAACCUAGCACCAUGAAAGGCAGACACUUCCCAGAGACGCGUCCAGUGGUGAAGAACGAGGAGAGGAAGCACAGAAACAGGACUGAAGCGUCGUCACCCUGGAAGCGGCAGCCUGUCAAGCGACAGCCAACCGAAAGGAAGAUCCCGUUUGCUCCACAAGUGGCCGAAGAACGCGAAACCAUCGCCAGAUUCGCCAGUUUCCCCAACGGCGACCCUAACCUGGCAGUUCUCAAAAACGUCAGCAAUGGAAACGCUAUACCACCUGCAACGACCCAGCCUCUGAGAAGCCAAUCCAGCAUCGAGGAUCAAAAGUCACUGGUAAACGGACAGACGAUGAAUAAUUCCCCACUGAGCAGCCUCAACACGUCUCAAGACGAAUCGAUCCCGACCAGCAGUAACAGCCUCAAGUCCAACUUGAGACCUAACCCCAGGUCCAACUCCGGAACUCCGGAACUCGCCAAGUCUCCCCGAGACUUCCAAGACCAGACCAUCUCGCGGACAGACGCGGUUGGCAGCGCAAGUUUGCCGAAGAGCCCGCAGACUCCUGCCAGGCGGCAUCGCUCGCAAACCGCCCCGUUUCCGGCCACGCCGGUGCUGAACGGAAGCGGAACAGAGGCCGCGAGGAGGAGCCAGUCGGCCACAGUGCUGGCGAACUCGGCGCAGCCAGACAGAUCGACCCCGGCGAUCGGUCGAUCGGCGGACAGGUCAGCCGUGCAGGCAUCGAACGGCCAAUCGUCGGCUCGCGGCGAGAGCUCGACCCCGAGAGCAGAGCAUCGAUCCGCGACGCAAUCAAUGUCUCGAGUAGAAAAUGCAUCCGUGGUAAUGCCGACGGCGGCGGCUGCUCGAGUGGAGAAUCAAUCGGGUAACGCUAUGGCGGCAGCCAGAAACGAGAAAUCCCCGGUCGGCCCGGUCCCUCUCGCGUCUGCGAAUCCGCUGACGAUGUCUGUCGCCUCUCAUCUCGUCAUGCAGAGCUUCAACGCGCUGCAGGGGAUCAACUCGGUGGCCGGUGGAGAUGCCAAUAAUAAUCCCGUACCCGGUUCCGUUACGAAUGUGCCAGGCUCGCCGAGGAACAGCCCGUCCUCCACGCCUAGCAAGAUUCUCACCCCUAAGAACAGCCCCACGGCCACGCCAGCAAGGACGUCCACUCCGCCGAAGCACAGAGUGCCUCACCGGGUCGAGGAGACGGUAUUCUAUGGGAAGGAUCCGUUCGAACACUAUGGCAUCGCUCAGGGGGUGAUCAUGAGGACAGAGAGCGCUCGGCGUGGCUCGAUGGAGAGCGGCAACAGAUCCGUCAGUAAUUGAGGAUCGAUGUUCGAUCUCGCUUUCGCGCGACACGGUGGAUGCAGGCUGGCGAACCGGCGCGGAUUGUGGAUGGGACAUGACAUCGUGUCCCGGUUUGGCAACGGUUUAUGCGUCAUGUUUCUGGUUACGCAGCCAGAGAUAUAGAGGAGGGAAAGUUGUUCUCGUUGCGAUCACCUGAGUUCUUCCGAAUGGAUUGUGGUUAUUCUAUGGAUUUGAUCACAUCGCGAGGGAGAAGAGCAGCAGCUUUCCGAAAACCGCUGAAAAUAUAGAGUAGAUCUUGUUGUAAUUCAACAACAAUGUGUAUUAUCUUAUUCCGAUGUGUGAAAUGUUUUGACAGACACGAGCAAACGACGUGUUCGAAUUGCCUCGUUUCUGGGAGUAUUCUCGAUUGUUAUGAACGGUGUAAACAGUAAGAAGAGGAACAGUCUAUGAACAUGGUUCAAUAGACGAUACGAAUAUCGUGAACCUGUAAUUGCGAUUUGACAUGUCACGUUUCUGGA